GACAGACAGAUGCCAGGGCAUUAACUCUGGCAUGAUGUUGAAAAUGCCGUAAAGACACUGCAGAGUACUCCAAAAGUGAAUUCAAAGUCCCUUUCUCAAGCUGGGUUCCAUCAACGCUGUGGCUCUCCUGCCCCGUGUGACCCACCUCCAUCCACAGGCAUCUCCUGGGGCUUGGGGCCAGGCACUGAGAUGGGGCAUCAGUGAGCAGGGAUUGCAGCAGAUUGUGUGGAUGUGCAGAGCUCUGCUGCCCUUCUGUGAGGAUGCGUGAUUAUGAAGCCCUUGGAGAUCCUUGGAUGAAGGGCAUGUUCUUACUCGAGGGUCCAGUAUAAGGCCAUGAGAAGUUUUCUAGACCUGCACCAUAUACUGUAGGGCCUUUUCCUGACCCUGACCCUAUUCCCGGGCUCCAUGCACCAGCUCUACUGGUGGUUGGCAUCAUCAGCAUGGUGCUUGCUGGGAAUCUCUGCAGUACUGACUGUGACUUAGUAGGAGAGGCUGGUCUGGGGUGCAGGUGCUGUGCUGAGAUGGGCUGAGAGUCUGGUCAGGCACUGUGGAGAUGAGCUUAGUGUUAAUGCCAAGAGAAAAGUUGCCUCGUCCUAGUGACUCCGCCCAGUUUACCUGAUUAUCCGUUUAAUUGGCAGAACAUUCCGUUUUGUGACGGUCUCUGCCAUUCACACCCACAGACUGUGGCAUAAUAAAAAUAUUCAAACAGUCACAUUUGGGCCAGGGAGUGUCUAGGCUGCCAAGCGGAGUGGGAGUACACACCAGACAGCUAACCGGUCGUGCGACCUGCCUUUAGGUAUUGAUGGGUGUGGAGUGUUCGGUGCUUGCCUGGGGAGUCUCAGGUUUCCAUAACAAACAGUUGCUGGGCUUGUCCUUCGCUUGUGCCUCCUACCACUGAAAAGCAAAUAAACCAGAAGCUGGUUCAGGGGGCGUUGGGCUGCGGACAAGGCUGGUACACAACCCUUGGCCAGUGAUGGUGGAUAGGCAUCAAGCAGGUUAAUGGGUGAUGGGUACCAUGAAAGGAGGGCUGAUGCUGAUGGGUGUGGUGGACCAGUUAGCUCCCUGUGCUAGUGGGAUCAGUUGACAGGCGUUAGUGGAGCCUGGGAUGCAGCAGUGAAGUCACUCCAAAAUUCCAGCUAGCCUAGCCUCCGGGUUUGCCGGAGCUCUACAGCAGGGACCGCUGGGUUGGCUGCAUGCUGCUGGCUCCUGAGAUCUCUGCAGUCUUGUCUUGCUGACACUGUUGCUACCUUUAAUGUUCCUUGUGGUAAUGGAGUGACCUUUUCUUUCAGGAGUUUUAAGUAGUCCAACACCUCCUGGGCGUGGAUACAAUGUGUGAAAAAACAAUGACUGGCUUUGGCAAGAAGCUGAUCCGCCGCCGAAUUGUGGAUCUCAGCGUGGAGGACACCCGGCUGGCCCGCUGCCUCUCCACCCUGGACCUUAUCGCCUUGGGGGUUGGCAGCACGCUGGGGGCAGGCGUGUACGUGCUAGCUGGGGAAGUAGCCAAGGAAAAGGCUGGCCCCUCAAUUGUUGUCUGUUUCCUGGUUGCUGCACUCUCCUCUGUGCUGGCUGGGCUUUGCUAUGCGGAGUUUGGGGCCCGGGUUCCCAAAACCGGCUCUGCCUAUCUCUACAGCUACGUCACAGUGGGAGAGAUCUGGGCCUUCACAACUGGUUGGAACCUGAUCCUGUCCUAUGUGAUAGGGACGGCGAGUGUCGCCCGAGCCUGGAGUUCUUCCUUUGACAAUAUCAUUGGCAACCACAUCUCAGUCUUCCUUAGAAGCAGCACCUCCCUUCAUGUGCCAGGCGUGCUAGCAGAGUACCCGGAUUUCUUCGCGCUGCUCCUGGUCCUGCUGCUCACAGGUUUGCUGGCAUUUGGCGUGAGCGAAUCUGCCUUAGUGAAUAAAAUCUUCACUGCAGUGAACCUGCUGGUUCUCUGCUUUGUCAUCAUCUCUGGCUUUGUGAAAGGAAGCGUCAAGAACUGGCAGCUGUCUGAAGAAGACUAUUACAACCACUCAGCCGUGGCCACCAGCCAGGACGUUAGCAUUGGCUCCCUGGGAUCAGGGGGUUUCGUUCCUUUUGGAUUUCAAGGGAUCCUCGCUGGAGCUGCAACGUGCUUCUACGCCUUUGUGGGAUUUGACUGUAUCGCUACAACAGGGGAGGAGGCCAAGAAUCCUCAGCGUUCUAUCCCCAUCGGCAUCAUUGUGUCUCUCCUGAUCUGUUUUGUGGCAUAUUUUGGUGUUUCUGCUGCCCUGACCCUCAUGGUGCCCUACUACCUGCUGAACAAGGACAGUCCCCUGCCUGAGGCCUUCAAAGACGUGGGCUGGGAGCCUGCCCGUUAUGUUGUAGCCGUCGGAUCUCUCUGUGCACUCUCAACCAGUUUGUUGGGCUCCAUGUUCCCCAUGCCCCGGGUGAUCUAUGCCAUGGCAGAGGACGGGCUGCUUUUCAAGUUCCUCUCCAGAGUGCACACACGGACAAAGACUCCCCUGGUGGCCACCAUUGUGUCUGGCAUUGUUGCUGCUCUGAUGGCGCUUGUGUUUGAGCUGAAGGACCUGGUGGACCUCAUGUCGAUCGGCACUCUGCUGGCGUACUCUCUGGUUUCUGUUUGUGUGCUGAUUCUCAGGUAUCAGCGGGAUCAGCUGAGCUCUCCAAAGGGCCUGGAGAUGGUGGAGCUGAAUGGAAACGAGGAGGAGAAAGUGAUCAUGAACCCCAUAGUCUGUGACUCCCCGGCUGCACUGGAGAAGCUCACGUGGGGGAGCCUCUUCAACCCCCCCAGCAAAACUCCAACCAGCUUGUCAGGGAAAAUUGUCUACAUCAGCACCGCGGCCGUCGCUCUGUGCAUCACCAUCCUGUGCCUGGUCCUGGCCCAGAGGAUGGACUCCCUGUUGGAGGGCAGUGUGUUCUGGAUCGUAGUCUGCAUGGUGGUCCUGGUGCUUAUUCUGCUCUGCACCAUCGUUGUCUGGAGACAGCCGCAGAGCAACGCCCGGCUGACUUUCAAAGUGCCUUUCCUGCCGCUGCUGCCGCUCUUCAGCAUCUUCGUUAACAUUUACCUCAUGAUGCAGAUGAGUGCUGGAACCUGGGCCCGGUUUGCUGUCUGGAUGGUCAUAGGUUUUGCCAUCUACUUUGGCUACGGAAUUCGGAACAGCAUAGAAGGGAAGAAAUCCCAUUCCACAGCAGGCAAGUCUGAGCACUUCUCUGGGAUAGACCUCCGCCCUGAAGCUGCUACAGUCUGAGAUGGAGGAUGUUCAGCGCAGUCUCAUCUGCAUCCUGGACUCCCUGAAGGCCCUUGUCCUCCUGGCCCCUCCUUUCUAUGGAGCAGAAUGGCAAUCUGAGCAAGACUGCGAAGCCCUAGUCAGACGGAUUCUGAAAAUGAGGUCAUGUGGCAAAGCCCAGUUAGGUCCCCUGAUGAACUGGAUGUUAAAAUCCCAAACCAACCUGAGGAUAGGGACGGGGCCAGUCGUCUGCCAACCUCCUUCCCCUGGAUGGAUGUUGUUACCUUUGACGCUGUUGUGUCAGGAAUGCUGCUUUCUUUGGCUGAUAGGAGGCCCCCAUGUAAAUAGUGCAGCUAUAUUUAUUCUGUCCGGCCAUGUGGCUGGGGGCUGCCUUUCUCGUCUGUCUGUCUGUGUAAAUAGAGUCCUGUGUUCCAUGGUUCUUAACACGUUCUUUGUGUAGAAUCUGUUUUAAACGUUGGCUUUUGUACUAUUAAACUCCAGGGUUUUUUAAAUAUUCA